UGUGCGUCUCUGUCCCAGUAUUGCCAUUCCGACGCGCAUCCAACGCAGAGGAGCAACAGCUACCCGGAGUUGGCCAAAGUGGACUAGGGAGACCCCCCUGCGGACAGAGCCCCCCAGAGCCGCGCUUUGCAUCCUGUGCUCGGGGAGGGCAUCGGCGCAGAGAUGCGCCUCUGGACAGCGGUUCGGUGUCGGUAAAGUCAGAUAAAGAGAAUGAGUCUGCGGAACGGCGCAGUGUGGUAGCGCAGUAGUGAGCGUGCGUCCGGAGGAACAACGGGAGCGGGUUGAAUGAAAAAUAAAGACGGUUGGUGGUUUUUUUUUUUCUCCCUCGGAGGAUUUAGGUGGAAUGGGGCGGUGAGAGCCCCCAGUGCCUCCAACUAAAGACAUGCGAAUUGGGAGAGGAACAAAAAGCGGUGGUGCUGCUGCGGUCUGUGUUUGAGUCUCCAUCCUUCCGCGGGUCCAGUCUACAUACACACCUUUAUUCAUGUUGCAAACGCCUGGUUUAUGACAAUGGAUUACUUGCUGUGGGUGUGCAGCCUCGUUGUUCCCGUGGUUCUGGCUGUAGAAGAAACCCUUAUGGACAGUCGGUGGGCAACCACAGAGCUGGCUUGGACAACGUUCCCAGAGAGUGGGUGGGAGGAGGUGAGCGGCUACGAUGACUCCAUGAGCCCAAUCAGAACCUACCAGGUGUGUAAUGUCCGUCAGCCCAACCAGAACAACUGGCUGAGGACGGACUUUAUCCCCCGCAAGGGUGUCCUGCGCGUCUAUGUGGAGCUCAAAUUCUCUGUGCGUGACUGCGCCAGCAUCCCCAACAUCCCCGGCUCCUGUAAAGAGACUUUUAAUCUGUUUUAUUACGAGUCAGACGGUGACACGGCUACAGACAACAGCCCUCUGUGGAGAGAGAACCCCUAUGUGAAGGUGGAUACUAUUGCCCCAGAUGAGAGUUUCUCUUUGCUGGAGGCGGGCAGGAUCAACACCAAAGUGCGCAGCUUCGGCCCUCUCUCCAGGGACGGCUUCUAUCUGGCGUUCCAGGACCUCGGCGCUUGCAUGUCUCUCAUCUCAGUCAGGGUUUUCUUCAAAAAGUGCUCCACCACCAUUGCUAAUUUCGCCGUCUUCCCCGAGACUGCAACGGGGGCAGAAGCCACCUCCUUGGUGAUAGCUCCGGGGGCCUGUGUGACCAAUGCCGCCGAGGUUUCUGUGCCUCUGAAGCUCUACUGCAACGGAGACGGCGAGUGGAUGGUUCCUGUGGGCUCGUGCACCUGCAUCGCUGGCUUUGAACCCUCUGCAGACAGCACGCAGUGCCAGGCUUGUAUCCCUGGGACCUUCAAGUCCAAAUUCGGAGCAGGAUCGUGCAUUCUCUGCCCUCCCAACAGUCGCACCAGUGCCAGAGGAUCCGAUAUCUGUCCUUGCCAAAAUGGUUUCUAUCGUGCUGACAGUGACCCCCCUGACUCUGCCUGCACCAACAUCCCCUCGGCGCCUCGUAACGUUAUAUCCAGCGUUAAUGAGACUUCACUGUCGCUGGAGUGGGAUGAACCUGAGGACACCGGUGGACGGAGCGACUUAGUCUACAACGUGGUGUGUAAGAAGUGCCUUCGAGACCGGAGCCCGUGCACACGCUGCGAUGACAACGUGGACAUCGCCCCCCGGAGGCUGGGGCUGCGUCAGAGGAAGGUGGUGGUCAGGAAUCUGCAGGCCCACACCCGCUACAGCUUCGAGGUGCAGGCGGUCAACGGGGUUUCCGGGAAAAACCCCAGGUCACCCAAUUACUCCACGGUCAACAUCACCACCAACCAAGCCGCGCCUUCAGCAGUGCCUACCGUCCAUCUGAUGCGCUCCACGUCAGACACCCUCAGCCUGUCCUGGCUUCCCCCGGAGAAACCCAACGGGGUCAUCCUCGACUACGAGAUCAAAUACCACGAGAGGGGCCAGGCCAUGUCUCACACCGUCACAUCCCAGCACAGUUCGGCCAAAGUGGAGGGGCUGAGGGCCGCCACGCCCUACGUGGUGCAGGUCAGAGCUCGCACCGUCGCCGGAUACGGUCGCUACAGCAACCCCAUGGACUUCAGCACCAGCCUGCACAGUGACCCUCAGAAGUCGGUGCAGGAUCAGCUGCCUCUCAUCGUUGGCUCGGCCUCUGCUGGUCUGGUGGUCAUCGUCGCCUUGGUGGUUAUCGCUGUCGUCUGCCUUAAGAAGCAGCGCAGCGGCUCAGAGCUGGAAUACACUGAGAAACUGCAGCAAUACAUUUCUCCAGGAGUCAAAGUCUACAUUGACCCUUUCACCUACGAGGACCCCAAUGAUGCUGUCCACGAGUUUGCCAAAGAAAUAGACAUCUCCUGUGUGAAGAUAGAAGAAGUCAUUGGCGCAGGUGAAUUUGGCGAGGUGUGCCGCGGGCGACUCAAGCAGGCCGGUCGUAGGGAGAUGGUGGUGGCGAUUAAAACGCUAAAAGCUGGUUACACUGAACGCCAGAGGCGCGACUUCCUCGCUGAAGCUUCCAUCAUGGGCCAAUUUGACCACCCCAACGUGAUCCGGCUGGAGGGUGUCCUGACGCGAAGCUGCCCUGUGCUCAUCAUCACUGAAUUCAUGGAGAACGGAGCUCUGGAUUCCUUCCUCAGGCUGAAUGACGGCCGCUUCACGAUGACACAGCUGGUCGGGAUGCUGCGUGGCAUCGCUGCGGGGAUGAAGUACCUGUCAGACAUGAACUAUGUUCACAGAGACCUCGCUGCACGGAAUAUCCUCGUCAACAGCAACUUGGUCUGCAAGGUCUCCGACUUCGGCCUGUCACGCUUUUUGGAUGACACUUCCGCUGACCCCACUUAUACAAGCUCCCUGGGAGGGAAGAUCCCCAUCCGGUGGACUGCACCAGAGGCCAUUGCUUUCAGGAAGUUCACCUCCGCUAGUGACGUGUGGAGUUACGGCAUUGUCAUGUGGGAGGUGGUGUCCUAUGGAGAGCGGCCAUACUGGGAUAUGAGCAACCAGGAUGUGAUGACGGCGGUAGAGCAGGACUACCGGCUGCCCCCGCCCAUGGACUGUCCUAUGGUGCUGCACCAGCUGAUGCUGGAGUGUUGGAUGAAGGAGCGAAACCUGAGGCCUAAAUUCUCCCGCAUCGUCAGCACCCUGGACAAGCUGCUCCGCAACGCCGCCAGCCUCAAGGUGGUGACCAGCACCUACUCAGGGGACCUGUUGCGGCUCGGAGGGACGCUGCCAGGGCACAACAGGAAGAGUCCGGACAGCAGCCAGGAAAUCGUUCGGCAACAGAUGAGCCAGACUCUCCCCAUCAGAGUGUGAGCCGCUGCAAACUCUGACAAAACACACAAGAGGAGGAUUCCCAAGUGAAUAGAAACUACCUAGAAACUCUGACAUGAAGAGCCUGAUGUAAAAUAAAAAGAAGAAAAGAAAAAGAAGGAAGCUCCGGCUACAAAGAAAAAGGACCGUUUCGGAGAUUCCUUUCCAAGUGGAGAUUUAAUGUCUGUUAAAAAGAGAACAUUUCAUUGCAGUGUGUGUGUUCAUUACUUGACACUUGUGGAUUUGUGACUAUUGACAUAAAGCCAAACUUCCUAUUGCCCCCUCUCAGGUUGUGUUUGCAUGUCUGCAUGUGUUUUCAGCUGGUUGGGAAUCAGUCUUUCCUUCUCUUUCACCCGGUUACUCAGACUGAGGAUGGGAGAACUCGCACAGAUGAUAGGAUUCAGUGUCUAGAACAAUACAACAGUGCCAAGAUAAAGCAAAUGUUUGCUUUGAACAAACUAUGACAGCAUCUUUAGACCUUCAAUCCAAUCAGUCUAUUUUUUUUUUUUUUUUUUUUUACCCCAACCAACUUUUCUUUUAUUCUUUUACUUUUUCUUAAACAAGAAGGAAAAAAAAAAACACUUUCAUCCGCUUCCUCUUAAAUUCUGUCUUCCACCUGUACUGGGAGAUAGACGUGUUACAAAUCUGUACAAAGCAUCCAAGUCUUCACACCAUCUCUUUGUCAGAGAAGAGAUGUUACUGACACUGUGCAGGACACAUCGUGUGCAUGCCAAAGUGGAAACGUCUUCAUGAGAAAAACAAGUACAAAUAAGUUCCACAUUAAUAACUGUUGCUUUGGUGGCAUUUGCUGUAUGGACUUUAAUGUCCAUGUUUUUCUUAAUCUUAUUUGAUUCAUAUACGCAUUGUUUUGAAUGCUAAGUUAUUAUCUAUUACUGCAAAGAGGUGUUUUUGUGUUUUUUUUUACGAGUACUGGGGCUUAACUUUUUUAUUACGAUGCUUGUUUUUUCACACAUUAACAAACCAGACAGACAUGAAUGAGUGAAUUAGGAGGAAAUAUUCCGCUCAGACGGAAUAAUUACCUUUAAAAAUACCGAGGAGACUUUGGAGAGAUCGCUGCGGGGACAUUUCUUUGAAACAAAAAGGGCCUGUGAUAGUGCUGUGUUGUAUAUUUCAUGUUGGCAAAGUGUGUUGCAGAUCAGCGAGAAUGAAAAAGGUCACUCUCCAGAUGAUAGCUUUGUGACCUUAAUAUUAACCUGACCUACAAACAUUGAUGUACAACAAAUCACUCAUUGGUUCAUUUCUCCUGACAUGUGUUUUCUUCAGCACGCCAGCUGUCAGCGCAGUUCCUAUUUAAAAACUGCCUGUAUAUAUAAUACUUUCUAUUAGACCAACCCGCUCAGCAUAUACAAAUAUCUGACCUGACUUUGGCCUCUCUAUGACCCUCGUUUAUAUGCCUGUUUGUUUAUUGUUGAGGAGCAAACAAAUGGAGAAUUUACAGUUUAAUGGUCAUUAUAUCUGAACUAUAUGUCACAAUGAAAGAAGAAAAUGUGUGUCUGUUAGGGCAGACUUUUUCCUGUGCAAUUAAAGGUGUAUUAGAUUGUAAAAAAAAUUGCCAGAAAACUAGAACAAAAAUAAGCAUUUCUCUUUCAGUAUUUUUACGAUAAUCAUAUGCAAAUAAAUUAUUAAACGGAUCUCUGGUAUUCUCUUUGAUUUCUCGCCGGGUUCACUAGGCUGAAGUUCCAGGUCUCCUCUCAUCCGGCCGACGGAUGAAAAGAGGGAAUAGCAAGUGUGUUUUACCUCCUCAGUCAGAAUAUCACAGCAGCUUUGGAUGGAUUCAUUAAGUUUUAAGAUUAAUCAAAGCCCGGUCCACACAGCUCGCCAAUUAGUGAGACCACAGGACUAUUCUGGGGAUUUCAGUCUCAGUUGCUGGAGAAGCUUCAAGAAGGCAAAGUUAAUCUGGCUUCACACCAAAUGUCAGUGUUGUUUGGCUUUAAUCUGUCAGCCAGGACACAAACCCGCUCGUACUCCAUACUGGUGCAGAUGAGUGAAGCUGUCACCUUCUGUUUUUAUUGACUGAGUGGAAGCUCAUCUAUCGGGGGGCUCCAAGGGUUCAUACUUAACUGUUUUUGACUCGCUGCUCAGACAGCUGCAGUAUGAGCCACCAAAGGGACGACCAGUUGUGUCAAGUCCUCCACAUGUUCUCUAAUCUUAUCUGCUGCUCUCAUAGGGUGAAUGUACAACAGCACAAAGGAGGCAGCCACAUUAGAAUGAGCACGCACAGCCACGUUGUGCGUUUCCACUGGAUAAACCAUGGCGUGAGGUGCUUAUCAUGCAUGUCAAAGCUGUGUUGGUGGAUAACAGAUAAAUGCUUGGCGGUGCUAUCACUGCUUUUUGCUGAUGUAAGAAAGAGGAUGUGUAAAAAUGCUUGACCUUGGAGAAUAUUAUACACACAAGCCUGCUGAGGAGGAAGUCUUCCAGUGAAAAGCUGCUCAUUGUAUUUUUUAGGACCUAUUUUACAUUCACAGCAGUGCAGCAAGAAAUGGGCCCAGCUUCUAAUCAAGGUUUAAACUAUGAGAGAAGCCUAUUUUCAACAUGUUUGUGUGAUAUUUUCCAUUGCCUCUGAGAUUUGACACAAUGUCAAAAGUCAGAUUUUGCAUCCUGUUUACCAUUAAACAUUUGAAGCGUUUCCAGCUUCGCAGGCCGCCCUGGCUCGCUGCUCGCAAGAGAAAACACUCCAUCUCAGCAAAGCUGAAUGGGAUAUAUUUUACUGCUACUUCCUGAAGAUGAUGCAAAAUGGCAGCAAACCUAAAGGAAAAUAUCUCAUUAUCGUAUUACAGACCAUUAAGUGAUGAGAAAUCAGCUGCGACAGUUCCUCACAGAGGUUUUAAUGAGCGUGCUUGGUGAAGGGAAAACUGAGGAUGUGAUGGCAGGAUGACAGACAGUUUUUAUUUCAUGGCUGCUGGUUGCUCGUCAGUGACCAGACAGUCCGUAGUUCAACGUCAAAUCCCUGCAUCACCAGAGUGAUUCUGACGAUUACCGCAAGAUUAACAGCAGCUCGGCCGUUAUACCGGAUGCACAUAAUCAUGCAUGAACACCAGCCAAGACAGGACACGGGGGAAAAAAAAUACACAUAGACUCCAUGCACACACAUGCAGAUUUAUAUGCAUAACUGUACACACUCGUAAACCCCUCCUUCUCCCACACACAGAUCUGGUGGAUUGGCAGUGAUUUGUCAGAUUUAGCUGCAUCUACUUGUGUACCUCCUCUGAAUGCAGUCAGUUUUCUUCCAAGCUCAAAGCACUCAUUUGCCAUCCUGUCCAAAGCAAGUUUAAUGCCUCCAAUUACAGGGGGUCUGCAAGCAGGCAGAUUUGGAGCGAGGAGGCUUGGCAGGAGAGUUUGCUACGCAUCAGGGCCUUUUAACAGAGUAGUGAUUUGCUGCUGGUGGUGCUGAAGCUGCCUGUGCCGGCUCAUCAAUGGAAAACUACCCUCUUUAUGGUGAAGCGCAUGCAGCACUAAGCCAAAACUGUGAGAAGAGACACAAAAAUAUCAGGCUUUUAACAACUUGGUACCGGCUCCUUUUUGCAUUCUGUUUGGAGGAAUUUCUGCAUCUCUGCACCUCAAGCACAAAUGGAAAUCAAAGUCUUUUCAGUAAUAAUCUUAUGUAAAAUGAAUCUAUUUUAAUUGAUUUUUUUUUUUUUCUUUUUUUACAAACUGUACAGCGAAAUGUAAUGGUGUACAGGCAGAAAAUGAAGGAGAGAGAAGACAAGAUAGCUGCAGUAAAGAUGAAACACUACAUGUGAUGUGCUGUACUGAAUAUGUAUGACUGUCAGGUGAAACUGUUUAACUCCUCAGUGACAACUUCUCAUUAAAAAACAAAUUCUCUUUGA